UAGAUGUGUUCCAUUGUAUUUGUUUGAGACUGUGAAGACACGUUUCAUUGUUCCAGUCUUUGACAUCAAAGCUUUAUCAAAUAUGAAGCUAGAAUUUUUCUUUGGAAUAUGCUUGGUAUUCUUGCUAAACAGUUUUAUAGGAGUUCAUAGCCAAGAAGAGUCAGUCUCCUUACAUGAUUCUGUAAUAGACCCUAAUGAAACAACAACAGCAACAGAUACAACCACUACGAUUCUUCCUUUUACCACUGGCUCUCCAUUAAUAACUACUACAGUAGAACCUGCUUUUUUUGGAAAUUGGAGUGUCACCAAUGAUAAUGGAACAGUGUGUAUUUUGCUGAAAAUGUCAGCACAGUUUCAGAUUCAGUACAUAAAAGUGGAUAAUACAACUGGUACAGGGCAUCUCAACAUUCCAGAUACUGCAGUAGUGGAUGACUCAAGUUCAUGUAGUUACAAGAAUGAAACUCAGUUCAUUAAACUUGACUUUAAUAAAAAUUCCAUAGAAAUGCUUUUCAAACAGAAGAAUGGUUACACUUGGAUGUCAGAAAUAAGCUUGAUGUAUACACUUGAUGAAAAGAAUUUCCCAUCUGCCAAGGAACCUGGCAAAAUGGAAAGAGUAGGAGCCUCUGGUAUCAACAGAUUUAAGACACCAGUUGCAAGGUCAUACUUGUGUAAAACUGAAGAUGAUAUUAAUCUUUUGGAAAAUGACAAAGUUGUGAUGAAAGUUUCUGAUUUACAAGUGGAAGUGUUCCGAAAGACAAAUGACACAGCAUUUGCUUCUGAAUACCACUGUAAGACUGAUGACAAAGUCAGCGACAUUGUACCAAUUGCUGUUGGGUGUGCUCUUGCUGGUCUUGUUCUGACAGUUCUUGUUGCCUACUUGGUUGGUCGUCGUCGUAGUCGCCAAAAGGGUUAUCAGUCAGUGUAAGCUGUAAUGGAUAUUUAUUAUCCACAGACUAAGAUUCUACGAAGGAGCUGUUGCUGUGUAGUUUACACCCUACUCCAUUCCUCCGUAUGAGGUCUCCGUUUUUGCUAAUCUUACCCACUUCAAAAUGUAAUGCAUUUGCUAUAUAUUUUAGUUAACAUGAAUGUGUUUUAGAAAUUCAGGUUGGGUUUACAUUUUGGUGAAAGUUGUAUUUCAUAUAACCAUCUAUCUUUAUUGAACAUUUAAGAAACUGUUUAAGUAGUUUUGCUUUUCUAAUUGAAAUAACAUACAACUUAGGUUAAUAUUUAAGUGCCAAGUUUUUUUUUUUUGUAGCUCAAAAACUAAUCUUGAUUUCUUUUAAUGGUCUGUAUCUGUCUUUAAAUAUAAUGAAUUUCUUGGAUCUGAUAUACUCAUUUUAUUAGGAUAUGCUUGUUUGUUUCAUAAGAUCUUCCUAUCUAACACUGACAAAGAGAAAUACAAGUCACUGGACUGUAAUUAAAAUCAUUGCUUAAAAGUGUUACAAGUGAGAAUCUGACUGUUUUUAAUAUUUUAACUGAAGGAAAUACUACAUAUACUAGUUGUAAAGUUUUUUUAAUAUAUACAUAUAUAUAAUUUUAAUUAUCUUUGCAUGUUAAAUAUUUUAUAAAUUCUUUUCCUUUGAUUGUUGAAGAGAAAAGCUUUAGAUUAAACAUUUGUUCCAAUUCAGUUAGUACAGGUCUUGAACAGACUCAGUUCACGUAUAUAUUCAUUUUGCAAAAUGUUAUUUACAUAGUUUCAUAUUUUGCUAUAGAUACUUUGACUGACAGCUGAAUAGCUCAGGAAUGCUUAGUUUCAGAAAUGCAAUUUCAUGUCCCUGUAGUACUAUGUUAAACUUGUCACAAUGUGCAGCUCAAUGAUGUGACUUAACACACAUUAAUUAAAGAAAUUUAAACCAAGACACUUGUCCCAUAGUUAAAUAUGUGUAUAACUGUAUAAAAUCUUGUGUUGAUUAAAAAAUAUCCAGUUGUUUUAGUAUGUUUAUGAUAGAUCAUACACUACUGCUCAGUGGCUUUAAAGAGGUAUGUCUGCACUGUGCUAUACUGUUUAGUCUUCAGAUGUUCCACAAUCGUGUAAUCUAGCAUUUGGAAAGAGUUCCUGUUUAAUUUGUUCAA